AACUUUCAAUUAAAUAAAUAAAUUACACCAAUGAAAUCCACAACUUUUACAGCCUACUGUAUGUUGCAACAAUAGGACAUUUCAUUCUAGUUCCAUUAUUAUUGUGCUUCUUAUUUUGAUCUGCAUUGUUUCUAUUUUGCUGUAGUUCAGAUUAGUGAUUAGUCUUUUCUCAGUGAUUCCAGUUUGUUUAUUCCUUAUGUCUAGUGACAAGUUUUCGUUUUCCUCGUUCCCCUGCCUGUUAUAUGUUCUACCAGCUCACCGCCUCUGCCAUUUUCUCUCUCUCCCUUCUUACCGCCAAGUCAGUUAGUCCAGUCUCUUGUUCCAGCUUUCUCUCUCCCAGUAUUUAUUCAUCUCUCUGCAAAAUCAGAUGCAAAUGGUGGCUCACUUCAUGAACUGCAUUGUGCAGUAAGAAUGAUUUUCUUCUGUUAGUAGUUUUCUCUUAUACAGCUGACUAGUGCUGCCAGUAAAACAGCACCGAGCUUUGACCGUAGCCUUAAAAGUAGUUUUAACAUCAACUCACUUCAUUCCUUGAGUCGACAAGAAAAGGCACGUUAACAUCAUAUCCGGGAAAUGUCCGUAAAUUCCAGCAAAAUCUCAGGCUUCGGUUUUCUUGUGUGAAUGUGCCACAUAAAAAGCAGACGUUGAGGAGUAAUUUAUUCAUGGCAUCCCCAAAUAAUGCUUUAUAGGGGUUUAUUUGAGAAAAGAUGAAUAUUACCAUAUUUCAUCUGUGUUGGCAUGAGAAACACGGAGAACUGGAAAUAGAAGUGGAUACUUAUGAAGUGAACCAGAAGAUUUAAUCUGCCGAAGGUGAAAGGAUGAUUUCUUACUGAAUGUAGAGAAGUUGUGGGGGGAGAGAGAGGAAUCUGGAGGUGUUGGUCAGUCCAAUGGCAGAGAGACAAAGAGCCGAGGAAAUGCUGGUGACUUGGAUGGCAAAAGGCUGGUAGAAACACUGGAGGCUUUGAGAUUUGUUGCAGCUGCAGGAGUGGGAAAAUUGGGUCUAUCAGAAAAAAAGACGUUCCAAUGAAUUGCAAAUGCAAUAAAAUCCUAAAACAUGAAAACAUGACGGUGAAACAGCAGCGUUUUGCUGCCAUUUACUUCAAUCCGCAAGCAAACUGGAGAACCAGUUCCUGAAUCGGUCACGUGGUUCGGCCCACUGGCGAGGCUUCAAACGUCACAACCUUCAUCAACACAAGCCUCAAUAUGCGCUUCAUAAAAAUCCUCCUGGAUUACUCGACGCACUCCAAGGCAGAAAACACAUCACCUCUAAUCUGCAUUAAAAUGAUUUUCAUCUCAUGUCUGCCACAGGACGGAGGCAGUACUGUCCUCAACAGAGCAUGACAUAUCUGGAUAUCAACAUGGCUACAUUUAGUGCUUUAGCAUUGGCUUCUCUUACAUACUAUGUUGAUUUAGUGCUUUAGUGGAACUAAUGUUUGUGGUUAGUGCUUAAGGGUUAGUGCAGCUAACGUUUCAGUUAGCAGUGCCCACCACUGGUUAAUAAUUUUUCUGUUGCCUAACAGUCUCUUGUGUUCUCUGUCUUUUCUGUUGUACUUUGUCAAAGUUAAUUGUUGUUUAUUGGCAUUUGUUCUGUACAAAAAUAUAGAAAUACUUAUAUUGUAUUUUACAGCAGAAUAUUUGGGUAUCUGAGACAUUUGGACAGACUGCCACAGAUUAUCAACAACAAAAGAGCUUCCAUUUGUGACCAUGGCAGAAAAUGUUGAAACCAAAGAGGAUGAUCUGCCUCCUGAUGUCAAUGACUGGAGUAGAUCUCAUGUAAGGGACUGGGCCCUCAGACUGAAGGGUUUGGAUGUCUCCACUGCAGAUUUGCUGUUUGAAGAAAAGAUCUGUGGUCCCAGUCUUUUGCGUCUGGAUAAAUCAGAUUUAACUGAAAGCGGUGUGAAGCUUGGACCAGCUAAGCUUAUUAUUCAUGCCAGAGAUGAAUUAAUCAGCAAGAACCCAACAAGUUCCUCUGACAAGCCUGGGAAACCCAGCAAGCCGUAUCCAUUCGGUAGAUACCACGAUACAUUCAGAUAUGUAGAGGGCAGCGUUCUAGACGUCCCUGAAUCGGGCGCCUCAGACUUUAUUGAACCCUGCCAUGAAUUUAAAGGUUUCUAUCGGACACCUGAAGAAAACCAACUGGAGAAGUUCACCACUGAGGUCAUCUGGUUUGCAGCUGCCUGCAUGAAUAGCCGCACUAAUGGUACCAUACAUUUUGGAAUCGGAGACAAACAAGACUAUGUCCAUGGUCAGGUAGUGGGAGUCGCUGUUGAUGACAAAGAAAAGUACCUAAACGGCCUUAAAAAAGCCAUUGGUGAUUACUUUGAAUACAAGCACAAGGAUGUAGCUCAAAUGUGCAUCAAACCGCCUCGAUUUGUUGAGGUUCUGAACAGAAAUACAACAUCAUCUGACAAAUUUGUGAUUGAAGUGGACAUUGAGCCUCAGUAUGCCAUCUGUGAAGAAAACAUCUUCCACACUUACGGCACAAAAAAAGGCACAAAGACCAAAGGAACUGAAUCACAACCACCAAAGUCUCUCUACAUCCGAGACGGUGGCAGCAGCAGAAACCUGCUAGUACCAGCAUCUUCCAAACCCAGGUCAGAGUACAAUCAGUUUGUGGACAAAAUGCCUCAACUGUCACAGCACCGCAAAGAAGCAGAAGAGAAGCACUUCAAAAGAAUAAAGAGCACAACUCAAGGCUCCAGGUUAACUCAAAUAAUAACAGGUGGAGCCUCAUCAUUGGAUAAGUCCAAUUUUGAACAUUAUGUCAUCAUAGCAAACAAAUCUCAUCCAAGCCAUUUUGAAAAUCUGGGAUUUCUCGCAGAGCUCAAACCAGCUGCUGUUUUAGACUUUGAUCCUGAAUCAGCUAAACAAGGAUUACAGACUUACUUUCAAAAGCAGAGCACAGUGAGCUCACAUUUACCAGCAAAAUACAAAAUAAUGGAAAGUGUAAAAAAAACUGCUGCCAAAUUAGAAUUACCUAAAAGCACCAGCUGGGUUUUCUGCAAUGGAGGUAUUGAGGAAGAGGAACCCUCAGAGGUUGACCAGUGGUUGAUGGAAAAGGGCGCCUCGAUUCGAGAUGUGAUUUCUUUCUUGUGCCGUAGAGAUGUGCUUCCAAACAAAAGGUUCCUUGUCAUUUUCUUACUUUUAUCAGCAGUGAGGGAGGAAAUGGAUCCCCUUGUUGAGACCUUCAGGAUGUUCCUGCAGGAGCUCAGAGAGCCAGGACAAAUCCUCUGUAUCUGUGACAAUGAGAACACUUUCAUUUCAUGGAGGGAUCUCAUUGAGGCCAAGUGCAGAGUCGACAUCUCUGACAGAUGCAUCUCUGAGCUCAGCUUUGCUGAAGUCAAUGGAACCGUCCUCAGUCUCUGGUCAGAGAACCGCAGAGCCAAACGGUUCCUGCCAUGUGGGGGUGAGAGCAAGGUGCCUCUUGAGAAAAGAUUUGAGCAAACCUUGAAUACUUUGGAGAUCUUGUGUGUGAAUCAGUGUGAAGGAGGAAAUGAGGACAGAGCUGCCAUAGAGGAGAACUUCUAUAGAGGUGGGAAGGUAUCAUGGUGGAAUUUCUAUUUCUCUGAAUUACCUGGAUCAAUACCAUUCAUUAAACGGGUCCAGUUUGAUUACAUCAUGAAUACAGUUAUACCAGACCUAUGCUCCCUACCUAAAGCUUGUGUCCUGUUCAAUCUCCUCCAUCUGCCUGGUUGUGGUGGGACGACCUUGGCUAUGCAUGUGCUGUGGGCUCUUAGGGACAAAUAUCGCUGUGCCGUCCUCAGGGAAAAGUCUGACUUUAGUUCUGUGGCUGAUCAUGUGAUCCAACUUUUAAUGUAUCAAUAUGAUGAGCAAACACCAAGGGGUCCUGUACUGCUGAUGAUCGAUGACUUUGAGGACAUGGAGAAGGUUGAAGAAUUACAGUUUGCAAUUGAAACACAGUGUACUGAAAAAGACAUCCAGGCUGCAAAGGUCAUCCUCCUGAACUGCAUGAGGUCAGAGUCCAAUGCAGUGACCGAACUA